AUGAAACAAUCAAGUUUAAUGCGAUAUAAGACAAAAUCCCAGAUGUUUUUUUAUUUAUGUAUGCACUUUUGUGCAUAUAUUUUACAUCUCCAUUAGCGCACGAACAAUACGGAUGUGAUUUGUUUCCAGAGAUCUGUUUAGGAUAAUGGAGAAGAGUUCCAGUACCGUUCGAUCAGUUUCUUGUGACGUCUGUCAGCGUCGAUCUUUUUCAAAACCUGCCGCUAAAUGGUGCCCUCACUGUGAGGAUGGGCUUUGUACAGAUUGUCAUGAACACCAUGGCGCCUCCAGAUCAACUGCUAAUCACCAUGUAAUUCAGAUCGAGGAUUAUCAUCAUUUCCCGUCAUAUGUUGCUUCUGUAAAACACAGAUGCGAUAUUCAUAAACUUGAGCAUGAAUUCUACUGUACAUCACACGCCCUACCAUGUUGUGUUGAUUGUACUAAAGAUGUUCAUUCUUCGUGUUUGGAAUUAAAACCUCUUCAUGAUGUCGUCAAGGAUGUCAAAUCGUCAAACCAUCUGCAUGGAAUAGAAAGAAAUCUGUCAGAUAUUGUUGAUAACAUUGUUAAAUUGACAAAAGAAAGAGAGGAAAAUUUAUCAAAACUAGAGGUGCAAAAAACAAAACAUAUUCAAACAAUAACACAUAUGCGCGAAAUAAUAAACGAUCAUUUAGAUAAAAUUGAAGGAACCGUUUUGGAAGACUUAAGUCGAAAACAUGAUUCAUCGAAAGUUCUAAUUGAAAACCUUAUCGAUAAAUUGAAUGAAAGAAAAAUUAAAGCCAAUGCUAUUCAAGAAGAAAUAAGUUUGAUGAAAGAAGCUGCGAGUAACCUUCAAAAUUUUAUUGGAAUGAGAGAUUUAGAAAAAAAGGUUAACGAAGAAGGAAAAACAUUGGUUAUUUUGCAAGAAGACGAAAAUUUUUACAACUCAGAUAUUCAUUUAAGCUACUCGGAAAUUUUGUCUUCUUUUACAGAUAAGGUUUCAGUGUUUGGUGACGUACUCGUUCAGACAAGUCCAAGAAAUUUAAGCCUCAUUUUAGGAAAGAGGAUACAAUCGCAAAUUGUGUUGCCAAAAGUUACAGGAAUUGAACAAAUUAAGAUGAGGCUUCAGCAGAAAAUAAAAUUGAAGAAUAGCAAAGGAUUUGACAUCUCUAGUUGUGAAAUAUUAGAUCAUGGGAAACUGUUAUUUUUAGAUUGGAAACAUGAACGUUUACUUACAUGUAACAGUGAUGGCAGCGAAAGUCGCAUUGUUGCUGAUUACACGGGUAAUGGUCCGUUCGAUAUUACAUGUAUUGCAGACGAUAAGAUUGCUGUGUCAGCACGAACAUCAAAGAUGAUAAUUUUAACUGAAUUUCCUACAGGGAAAAUAAUGAAGAAGAUAAACGUAAAUGGUGAAUGCUUUGGAAUUGACCAUAAAGAUGGCAAGAUGCUAGUAAGACUUGUUAAUAGCGGUAUAUUUCUUCUCAUUGAUGUAGCGGGUAAAAUAAUUUCCCGGGUUCGAUUUCCGGGCGAUCGCUUGCGUUAUCUAACAUGGUAUAUGGACAAAAUUUAUUGUACCGUUACCGGACAGAAUACAGUCAUUUGCAUGAACAUGAAGGGGUCUGAAAUCUGGACUUAUCGAAAUGUGCAAUUACGCGAGCCGUUUGGAAUAGCUACAGAUACAAAUGGGUUCGUUUAUGUUGCUGGAAGAGCAUCAAACAACGUGGUACUUAUUGCCCCUGAUGGAAGAAGCAGUCGUGUUAUUCUUAGUGACAGGGACGGAAUCAACAAACCUCAAGCUCUUUACAUAAGCAAGUUUCGACGACAACUUUUAGUGUGUGAUAAAUAUGAUGGGUCAUCUUAUCUGUUUGACUUUUGAAUAAUAAGUGAGCACUGUUUUUUUCUGUUUAUAUUAUGCUAAAUGACUAUUCAACCGG